UCACAUUGCCUGAGUAACCAAAAGACAACAGCCCUUUGCCUUGGAUCUUGACCUACUGAUUCUCGACCUGUCGCCGAUGCCGAGUCGUGUUUGCACUUGGUCAACAAUCUACACUACAUCGCACAUGCGUCGGCAAUCCACCGCGUAAACAAGAACGCCCACUUUGGUUCAUCAACUUUCUUAACCUUUGGGGAAUCAUCUAUCCCGCCAUAACCAUGCCGGAUCUCAACUCAAUACCAGCAUCUCCUUCCACCACAAGGCGCCUUUCCGCUGCCACUCACCCCACACCUCCCGAUUCAACUUCGCCUGCCAUAAACAUUCUACCAUCGAACCAACAAUCGUACCAUCAAGGUAUCCCUGGAUCUCUACCGUCACCCUCACUCCCUCCAUCUGCAGCACCCACAGCAGCAAACAUGCCUCCUCCACCAGCGCCUGGUCAAGACAACGUCGGUGUAGGAGCUGGCCCUGGCCCUAUUCGGCAUCCAAGGCCCCUGACCGCUGCCGAGUUACACCAACAGCUCGAGGCCGAGCAGGAGCUCCUCGUGAACCGACUCACUCGCGAUCUCCAAACGCUCCGUGCCGCCCAUAACUCUUCUGUCGCUUCAAACGCUUCUUCCGCAUCUGCCUCUACCUCGGCGGACCAACCGCAGUCCUCCUUCGUAGACACACAUCUCUUGUCUGGUCCAGGAUUUCCCCUGCCUUCAACGAGCGCAGAUAGACGACAUCAACGAACCGGCUCCAGCGCAAGCGCAAGAAGUUUCAGCCAUAUUGCAUCGGCUGGGUCGACUGCUGCCCCCAUCUCCGUAAACAACCCGCCCUCUGGCAACCCGGGCUCCGUGUUGGAGGCUGCUCGUAACCCUAGGGGCAGCAUGUCCAUGUCUCGCCAGAAUAGUGCCGCUUCGCACCGCAGUGCAAGCAGAUCGCGGAACAGAUCUCCGCAUCCCCACCCUGGUCCGGGUUCAUAUACGCAGUCGCAUGGUUUCCCUCAUGGAGAUCACCCCACUGGCUCGGGAUACUUCCCUCCUCGUAGUCAUCCUACAUCAACUCCUCACAGUGCUGUCGCAACUCCCGGGUCUGAACUAUCACCUGGUUUGAUGCCAGCCACUCUGAGAUAUGAGGAGACCGCCUUCUACCGUCAAGAGCUUGACACCGCCAAACGGGAAAACGAGGCCCUGAAGAAGCGCAUCAAGGACUUGGAGAAGCAGGUUCGGGAAAGGAGGGAGAGUGAUGCUUCCAAGACUGGCGGGGGCGGCGCCCGAAUCAGGAGUGAGAGUACAAGCACUGUAGCAAGCGUUAGCGUAAGCGGCGCCGCUGGUGUUGGCGGAGGUGGUACGAACAUCGCCGGUGGGCGACGUGAGCCUCCUGGUAGGGGUGGUAUCGGCAUGGAACGAGCGUUUAGCGCUCUGAGCGUCGCUGGAAGCGUGGGAGUCGGCGUGCCUGAUGAGGAGCUACAGGUUGGCGAAAGUGCGUCGAGCGCUGGCAUCAAGGCACAAGAGCAGAGGGGACAAUAACAUCACAAUGCCAAAGGCACUUGAGAGAUGGUUCUAGUUUAAAGUAACUUGGCCAUCAGUGCUGAUGAUUAUUUAAUGCCGACA